UUUUGUUGAUGUUAUAUUAUCAUUUGUUGAUAUUUUUUAAUGGUCCAGAUCAUAGUUUAGAGUUUGUACAAUAUUUACGGUUUGCAUUUUAUCACUAUCCGUAUUCAAAAUAUGUCAUUGAGACACUGAUAAACUAAUUUUGAUUUUAGUACAUGCCUUUUGUUAUGAAAACCCCAUCUCAAACCACAAAAUUAUGUGCCCAAGAAAAAUGAGAAUGUCACUCCCAAUAAAUUUCGAUUUUCCACCAGACUUUUUUGGAGGACAAAGGCCCAAAAUUACAUAAAACUAAACGCAUCAACUGUUGCACAGGGAAUUAACAUAAAUUAAAUACGUAAUACUCCAUAUACUUAGAUCAUUUCUUAUAAUAUGCACUCAUUUUUUAAAAAAAUGAACAAAAAUAAGAUUUCAAAAAUACUGUGCUAAAUAUAAUACUAUUCCGAUUUGGUUCAGUUGUUUGAAUUUCAAAAAAGAAAAAUUCAACCCUAACUAAAACUCAUUGAGUUGGCAUUACAGUAAUAGUAUUACUCCAAAUUAAUGUGAUGAUCCAUAAAAGUGGACAAUCCCAUUUGGUAGAGCUUGGUCCCCACAUUAUCACAACUAAGAAUAUGACAUUUUACUAACCCCUACCCUUAAUAUAGACAAACUAGUGAGAUAAGUUCAACCAACCAAAACAAUACACUGAAUUCCUCUUAAUGCCCCCAUCAUUAUAAUAACACCCAAAAUAGGACUAUCUUAAUCUUACAAUAGUUUAAAUUAUAUUAUGUUUGUACAUAUAAUAUUUUUUCAUCUAGUAAAUACAAAACAAAAUACUACUAUUAAAUAUUGAUCAUAAUGUCAAAGUGUUAUUUUUAUUGGAGCAUAUGCAGCCCCAAAAAAGAAAAGUGGAUUUUAAUAAAGUAAUUGAAAUAAGGGGCAAUUGUGGCCUUAUCAGCCCAUAUAUGUAAAUGCCAUAUUCUCAAAGACUUCAAACAACCAAAAGUGGCCCUGCCCUUUCUCUAGUGGGGGACCAUUUAUUGGCAUUAAUCAAAAAGAUUAUGUGGCUAAUGAUUCUUUAAGAUUGAAAGGUGGAAAAGAGUGGUGCUAAUUUUUACUUGGUUUGAAUUAGGAUAAGGUUCCAUUCAUAACCUCUAAUCUCUAUUCUUUUUGUGCUUGCCCUAUUAUAUCAAAAUCGUUAUCCUUCUUGGUCUAUGAAUUUUUAAAUUGAGAUGUAUAAUGAAAUAAUAAAAAUUUUGAUUGGAGAAUCAAAUUUAUUUAAUUAUAAAAUAUAUUUAUAAAAAAAUAUAUGUGGCAAAAUUUUACCAAGUAAAAAGCAUAACAAUAAAUAGUGAAGGUAAAAUUGGAACUAAAACGCGUAUGGUUAGAAAUUCCACGAAAGGAAAGUGACUCUCAAAUACUAGUCUGACAAGAUUUGAUUUAGUCAAUUACUCCCUUAAAUUAUAUCCUCAACUUGAGAGAAAGUAACCUCAUUAUAACAAUAAUUAUUGAAUUUAGUACCAUUCAUAAGCCCUAACAAUAAAGUAAAGAUAAAGCCUAAUCACGAUCAUCCUCACUAAUUCAAAAUCAAACCCCAAUUAAACUAUCAUAAUUCUCUUGUUAAGGGUCUCUCUUUCCUCCCCUCUUAGUGCACCCAAAUAAUUCUUUUAAAAAAAGAAAAAAACAAGUCUCUCCUCCACACAAGGAAAACGCCGUUAAAAAUUAAACGCCGUUUUCGUAAACAACUCUCAAUUCUCACGUGACUUUGAAACUAUACAAAAGUUUAUAAAGUGGAAGUCACGUGACCUUUGGGAUGGGGCUAGAGCAGUUGAGUUUAGGCACGGUGCCCGUUGACGGCGGAGCAGACGGCCGUCAGCCCGGCGACGAAGGGGGAAAAACGGCUCGGCUCCCGCGGUGGACGAGGCAAGAGAUCCUGGUGCUGAUUCAGGGCAAAAGAGUUGCGGAAAAUCGAGUGAGAAGGGGGCGGGCUUCCGGGUCGGCGUUCGGGUCGGGUCAGAUUGAGCCGAAGUGGGCGUCGAUUUCCUCCUACUGCAAGAGGCACGGGGUGAACCGGGGGCCGGUCCAGUGCCGGAAGAGAUGGAGCAAUUUGGCAGGGGAUUUUAAGAAGAUAAAGGAGUGGGAAUCGAAGAUAAAGGAGGAGACCGAGUCGUAUUGGGUGAUGAGGAAUGAUUUGAGGAGAGAGAGGAAAUUGCCUGGGUUUUUCGAUAGGGAGAUUUAUGAUAUUCUUGACGGCGGCGGCGGCGGAGAGGAGGAUGUGCUGCGUUUGGCCUUGGCGCCUGGGCCGGUGGCGGAGGCCGCCGAUGAGGAGCCGGAGGCGUUGUUUGACAGUGGGCGGAGCACGGCGGCGGACGAUGGACUUUUCUCGGAUUUCGAGCAGUCGGGUCAGGAGGAGACGGGUCGGAGCUCCGAACAGAAAAGGGAAACUCCGGUUAAGGAUAUCCCCGCGCCAACGCCGAUUUCAGUUGCAGAGAAACAAUGUGGAUCGUUUCCUCAAGAAUCCCCUGGUCGAGGGAGAGAUAAGGAGAAAGCAGGUGGUUCGGAAGAAAAGAAUGAAGGAGGAAGGAAAAGAAAGCGAUAUGCAAGUGAUGGAGGUGGAGAGAGCGAGGUUCAACACGAGCUGGUUGAAGCUUUGGAGAAAAAUGGGCGAUUGCUGCAGUCCCAACUAGAAGCUCACAACACUCACCUUGAGUUGGAUCGAGAGCAGCGAAACGUCCAUGUUAAUAGCUUCAUAACAGUCCUCAGCAAACUUGCAGAUGCCCUUGGAAGAAUUGCAGACAAAUUGUAGCUGCUGCUCAUGUACAGAUUCCUUUUUCUUCAGCUAUACAAUUCAACAUUUUGCUUCUUCAACUGCCAAUCAAUAAAACAGCCCUUUUUGUCAUUUUAUCCUUGUUAGCUUUAGAGCUGAGAUUUGCAUACUGUUUUAUAGGAUUAUUUAUUGUAAUAAAUUUUGGGAGUCUCUUCUCUUCUCAGUGUAUAAUACUACUCCAUUUACUAGCU